CACACACGCACACACUGUGUAGUAGUCCAGGUUGUACAGUGCGUGGGGCGGUACUACUACACAUAGCGGCAUAACGACACAUUGUUCUGCAGCCAAGCCAGCUUCAAGUAAAUCGGAGGGGACUGGAACAAAAUAAAGUUGAGUGGCCUUUGUUUGACUCAUCAUCGCGGACAACAGGGACUUGGCUGGAGGAGCAUACAUGGUGGGAGAGAUCGCCUCCGACAAGCUUUUCUGAAAGCUACCGUUGGGACAUCUGUAGGUCGUUUUAUUCUCCUGGACACACACACGAACAAACGGCGUUGGACCCGAGCAGCCUAAGUACUAGAAGUUCGCUGCCGUCCACACAGCCAUCGAUCGCAGCCCUCCCGCCUACUUCUCUCAGCCCCCGGACUUCGGAGGGACGGAGCCUCAGUGUGGAAGCUGCAGCGGUGGACGCAGCGAGAGGAAUAGGGUCUCUGGCGAAACCAACGCAUAAGAGCUUUGAACAAAUCAUCUCCUUUCACCCGAGGCUUCAGAAGAGACCGUCGCUGAGCUUGAAUUGCUGGCGGUUGGAUUUCAUUGGGAGGGGAGACAAAAACCGAAUAGAUUACUUCUAGUCUGAACUCUUCCACCGAGGAUUCACCGCAGUUUGAUGCACUCUCCUGCGGACCAGCGCAUCUCCAUAGGGGUUCUAGUUUGAAACAAGUCGCUUCGCCCUCAAGAAGUGGAUAACUGUGAAGUUCCCCCAAGCAUCUGGAUUGGCGCAACUUGCAUGCGCGGUCUUCUUGGUCAUCUCGAGUAAACGUAUCGAUCGGUCGACUCAGGUUAUCAGGGAGAAGAUCCGGAUAGUCGCGGUGCCAUGGCUCUUUACGUAGGUGCAUGGAUCGUCCUGCUGGCGCUAUGCGUCCACUCGGGCGCGGGCCAGAUGGUGCAGAUGGACUCUGUGAAGUCGGGCUUCGUGGGCGCCACGGUGGAGCUGAAGUGCAUCUUCGUCAACAGCAACCCGCCCGUCAAGAUCUCCCAGGUGACCUGGCAGAAGCUGACCAACAGCACCAAGCAGAACCUGGCCAUCGCCAACCCCGCGCUGGGCAUCUCGGUGCUGGCGCCCUUCAAGGAGCGCGUGUCCUUUAAGCAGGACCUGAAGAAGACCCCCUCCCUGGAGGACACCACCAUCGUGUUCUCCAACCUGCGGCUGUCGGACGACGCCGCCUACAUCUGCGAGUACACCACCUUCCCCGCGGGCAACAGGGAGAACAUGGUGAACCUCAGCGUGUUCGCCCGACCCAGGACCAGCCUGGCCCUGACCUCGUCCACCAUCGUGGCACGUGCCUCGAGCCGCAAGACCACCGUGGCCACGUGCAUCUCGGCCAACGGGAAGCCCACCAGCGUGAUCAAGUGGGACACGCUGCUGAAGGGUGAAUUCGACUUGAAGGAGACGACAAACGCCAACGGCACGGUGACGGUGCGCAGCAACUACAUGGUGAUGCCCAGCAGCAAGAUGCACAAGAUGAAGCUGACGUGCAUCGUGAGGUACCGCAACGAGCACAUCACCGACAGCGUCGUGCUCAACGUCCAGUACGAACCGGAGGUGACCAUCGAGGGCUUCGACGGCAACUGGUACCUCAACCGCCAGGACGUCAAGCUGACCUGCAACGCCAACGCCAACCCUCCCGUCACCGUCUACCAAUGGAAACUGCUGAACGGCUCCAUGCCCACCAAUGUGGAGGUGAAGAACAACAGCCUAUUCUUCAAGGGCCCCGUGACCUACGAGCAGGCCGGCGCCUACGUCUGCGAGGCCACCAACAACAUCGGUCGGCGCACCGGCUCCGUGGAGGUCAACAUCACCGAACUCCCUAGCUUCCCGACCCCUCGGAGCACCGAUAUCGUAGCCGAGCCGCACAAAACCGGCCUGGUGAUCGGGUGCGUGGCGGGGGGCGUGGCCCUGCUGGUCCUGCUCGCCGUCCUGCUCUUCGUGUACCUGCGCCGCCGCCAGCGCACCUUCAAGGGCGACUACAACACCAAGAAGCACGUGUUCGGCAACGGCUACAGCAAGGCCGGCGGCGUGCCCGCGCACCCGCCCCUGCCCAAGAACCUGCAGUACCCCGAGGACUCGGACGACGAGAAGAAGCCGGCGCAGGUCAUCGGCCAGGGGGGCUUCGAGGGGCGCGAGCGCGACUUUGACGGCGAGACGGAGGACCUGAAGAGGCCCUACUUCACGGUGGACGAGGGCGAGAGCCGGGACUACGACGAGCGGACGCUGGCCUUCCAGUACGACGCCGAGGCGGAGAUCGCCGACGACAUGAUCUCCCAGACCGACGGCUCCGUCAUUUCUAAGAAGGAGUGGUACGUGUAGUUGGCCGGCGUCGGACGGGGUGGCGUGGACGGGGUGGGGGGGAGGGGGGCGGCAGCGUGCGCCAGACCAACC